GGCGCGGAACGGAGCGGGAGCAGCUGGGCUGAGCGGAGGGGCCCAGAGGGCGCGGCGACUGGAAGAGCGGCGGGGGCCGGGCCGGGCUCGCUGGCGGGCGGGCGACGGGGGCCGAAGCCUGGCGUCAGCGGCAUCCGAGAGGCCCGGGGGCUGUCCCUGUGCUGGCCGCCUCGAGAAGGCCGCGGCGGCCGCGCUCCCCCUUGCCCGGGCCGGCCCCGUGUCCCGGGGCUAGGAUGCGCCCGCUCGUCCCCCGGCACCGGCAGGCAGCUCCCGGCCCGGCCCGUGGCUGAGACACCCCCAACGGCGGCGAGUAUGGCCUCUCAGCUGCAAGUAUUCUCCCCCCCAUCAGUAUCUUCGAGUGCCUUCUGCAGUGCCAAGAAACUGAAAGUGGAGCCCUCUAGCUGGGAUGUUUCAGGACCGAGUAACGGUGACGAGUAUUACAGUCACAGCAAAAACCUCCCAGGUGCUCAAGGGCCAGCCAGCUCCUCUCACCAGGUAGCAAACUUCAGCAUCCCUGCUUAUGACCAGAGCCUCCAUCUCCCUGCUCCUUCAGUUGAGCACAUUGUGGUCACAGCAGCCGACAGCACAGGCAGUGGUGGAACAACGUCGUUCCAAAGCAGCCAGGCCCUAACACACAGGGCUAACAUUGCUUUGCUGGAACCGUACCAAAAAUGUGGAUUAAAAAGGAAAAGUGAGGAAGUUGACAGCAACGGUAGCGUGCAAAUUAUUGAGGAACAUCCACCUCUCAUGCUGCAAAACAGACCUGCGGUGGGUGCUGCGGCCACUACCACCACUGUAACAACGAAAAGCAGUAGUUCCAGUGGCGAAGGGGAUUACCAGCUGGUCCAGCAUGAAAUCCUUUGUUCCAUGACAAACAGCUAUGAAGUCCUGGAGUUCUUGGGCCGAGGGACCUUUGGGCAGGUGGCAAAAUGCUGGAAGCGGAGCACCAAGGAGAUUGUAGCUAUCAAAAUCCUGAAAAACCACCCUUCCUAUGCCAGGCAGGGGCAGAUUGAAGUGAGUAUUCUGUCCCGGCUGAGUAGUGAGAAUGCUGAUGAAUACAACUUUGUCCGCUCUUAUGAGUGUUUUCAACAUAAAAACCACACAUGCCUGGUGUUUGAGAUGCUGGAACAAAACUUGUACGACUUCUUAAAACAAAAUAAGUUUAGCCCCCUGCCUCUGAAAUACAUUCGGCCAAUUUUGCAGCAGGUGGCCACUGCCUUGAUGAAACUGAAAAGUCUGGGUCUAAUACAUGCUGACCUGAAGCCUGAAAACAUCAUGCUAGUUGAUCCUGUACGCCAGCCAUAUAGGGUGAAGGUCAUAGACUUCGGCUCUGCAAGUCAUGUGUCGAAAGCUGUGUGUUCUACUUACUUGCAAUCACGCUAUUAUAGAGCUCCUGAAAUCAUCCUUGGUUUGCCAUUUUGUGAAGCUAUUGAUAUGUGGUCGCUGGGCUGUGUGAUAGCUGAGCUGUUUCUUGGUUGGCCACUGUACCCGGGAGCAUCAGAAUAUGAUCAGAUUCGUUACAUUUCACAAACGCAAGGACUUCCAGCUGAGUACUUACUGAGUGCAGGAACGAAAACAAGCAGGUUUUUUAACAGAGAUCCAAACUUGGGAUACCCAUUGUGGAGACUAAAGACUCCAGAGGAACAUGAAUUAGAGACGGGAAUAAAAUCAAAGGAAGCUCGGAAGUACAUUUUCAACUGUUUGGAUGACAUGGCGCAGGUAAAUAUGUCUACAGAUUUGGAGGGAACAGACAUGUUGGCAGAGAAGGCGGAUCGAAGGGAGUACAUUGAUUUGUUAAAGAAAAUGUUGACAAUUGAUGCAGAUAAGAGAAUUACUCCGCUGAAGACUUUGAACCAUCAGUUUGUGACAAUGAACCAUCUACUGGAUUUCCCACAUAGCAACCAUGUGAAAUCCUGCUUCCAGAACAUGGAGAUAUGCAAGCGAAGAGUGAAUAUGUAUGACACAGUUAAUCAGAUAAAAAGCCCAUUCACAACACAUGUUGCACCGAACACAAGCACAAACCUCACCAUGAGUUUCAACAACCAGCUCAAUACUGUGCACCAUCAGGCUAGUGUGUUGGCUUCAAAUUCUACAGCUGCUGCUACUCUGUCUCUGGCAAAUUCAGAUGUUUCACUGCUGAAUUAUCAGUCGGCUCUCUACCCAUCAUCUGCAGCACCAGUUACGGGUGUGGCGCAGCAGAGUGUUUCCUUACAGCCUGGAACCACUCAGAUCUGCACCCAAACGGAUCCAUUUCAGCAAACUUUCAUUGUGUGUCCUCCUGCUUUUCAAACUGGUCUUCAGGCAACCACAAAGCAUUCUGGCUUCCCUGUUAGGAUGGACAACACUGUUCCAAUUGUGCCACAGGCACCAGCAGCUCAGCCAUUACAGAUCCAGUCCGGAGUUCUCACACAGGGAAGCUGUACACCACUAAUGGUAGCAACUCUUCAUCCUCAAGUAGCCACCAUCACGCCGCAGUAUGCGGUGCCUUUUACUCUGAACUGCGCAGCCGGCCGGCCAGCGCUAGUAGAACAGACGGCUGCAGUACUGCAGGCUUGGCCUGGAGGCACCCAGCAGAUCUUGUUGCCUUCUACCUGGCAACAGCUUCCAGGGGUUGCACUGCACAAUUCUGUUCAGCCUACAGCUGUGAUUCCAGAGACAAUUGGAAGCAACCAGCAGUUGGCCGACUGGAGAAACGCCCAUUCACAUGGAAAUCAAUACAGCACAAUCAUGCAGCAGCCAUCUUUGCUGACCAACCAUGUGACUCUGGCUACAACCCAGCCUUUGAAUGUUGGAGUGGCUCAUGUUGUGAGGCAGCAGCAAAAUAAUGUCGUGCCAGCAAAGAAGAACAAACAGCCAUCUCAUAGUGCCACAAAGCCUGCAUCUACACUAGAGGCAAUUCCAUCUCAAGUCUACUCUCUAAUUGGGAGCAGCCCUCUGCGUGCCACAUCUUCCUCCUCCAAUGCUUUCCUUCCGGGGCAGGAGCAGCACCAGCCCAUAGUCAUUCCAGACACUCCCAGCCCCCCAGUCAGCGUAAUCACCAUCCGCAGUGACACUGAUGAAGAGGAGGACAACAAAUACAAGCCUGCAAGCUUGGGCUUGAAGCAGAGAUCCAAUGUCAUCAGCUACGUUACCGUUAACGACUCCCCUGAUUCAGAUUCCUCGCUGAAUAGCCCCUAUGCAUCGAAUGCGCUUUCCACGCUCAGGAGCUCCGGGGGAACUCUAGAGCCAAGCCGAGGGGCAGCUGAAAGCUCCAACUCCCGCACCAUUAUUGUGCCUCUCAAAACACAGCUCAGUGACUGUAUCGUAGCCACCCAAGCCUCAGGUGUCCUGAGUAGCCUGAGCAAGACCAAGCCAGUGGCAUCUGUAAGUGGACAAGCAUCAGGGUGCUGUAUCACGCCAACAGGAUACCGGCAACACCGGGUGGUGACAAAUGGUGUACAGCCGCUCAACCUUAGCCAGAACCAGCAAGGAACUGUCCUGGCUUCACAAGAGAGAAGUGGAAACCCAGCUCCACGGAGACAACAGGCCUAUGUCGCUCCCCUGCCAACAACGAUCGCUCAGGCUCCCUACAGCUUCCAGCAUAGUAGCCCAGUGCACCCCCACUUGGCAGCAGCAACGGCGAGCCAGCCUCACAUGUACACCUACGCACCCACUACUGCGGCCACUCUGGGCUCCACCAACUCCAUCGCGCAUCUCUUUUCCCCUCAGGGCUCUUCCCGGCACACCACAUACACAACCCACCCGAGCACUCUUGUGCACCAGGUCCCAGUCAGUGUGGGGCCCAGCUUGCUAACCUCUGCCAAUGUAGCACCUGCUCAGUAUCAGCAUCAGUUUGCCACCCAAUCCUAUAUUGGUGCUUCCAGAGGAUCUGCUAUUUACACUGGAUAUCCACUGAGUCCUACCAAGAUUAAUCAGUACUCUUACUUGUAGCUCUUGGGCAGGGAUUAAUGGUAAUUGUUUUCAACUUGAUCGUAGAAGUGAUGAGAUCUGCAGUGGGUUUUGCAAUAUUCUAACAGCUCCACAACAGGAACAUCUGCAGAAUCGGAGGAGAAUAAUGGGACCACCUUCCUCUUGUUGACAAUUCUCUGUAUGCUGUCUAGAGUCGGGUUGUCACUUGGUGGAGCCCUGCUGUUUGGGGGAAAGCUCAGGUAAACACCGGGCAGAACCUUUUGAGUCAUAUUCACA